AUGGCAGAGCCCAACAGACAUCAGAGGAAGAUGUCCCGUACGGGAAACUCUCUGUAUCUUGUCCUCGGUCUGCAGAAAGGGGCCUCCCAGGACGACAUUAAGAAAGCGUACAGGUACCAUCUUGCUUUCCUGGCAAUUCAGACAAUCUGCUGCAUACGGCCUAUAGAUCUACACCAAUCAGUCAUUUACAAAAUCCUGGUAUCAUUUCAAAUCUCAGUAUAACUGUGAUGUUCUCCCCAUUAUUUGGCAAUGGCAAACUAGACAGCCAUUCACGGGUACCAUCCCAAUGCCAGGGCUUAAAAUGCUGCGCCACCAGCUAGGCGUUACAGGGACCCUCUAGACCCCUAAAUCUUUUUAUCUUGCUGAAAAGCUUUGUGUGACGAGUGUGUCCUAUUUUUUUUAAUUUAGCAAAAAGUGCAGAUUUUAAUGGAAAUUUUCACUUUUGUAAAUUAACCUGGUCCUCCCACUUUGGCUUUUUAAUCCGGUAACCGGUCCUCUUACUUACUGGUUUGGUUGGCUUAUUUGUACUGAACUCAAGAGGCAGCAAUUGCCCAGGGCACCUGCUUUACAAAGACUUCUCAUUAAGCUGCAUUGGGAUGGCUGUGAUUGGACAGAAAGUCUGGGCGGGGUUAGAAGGGGAGGGCUUGCAAUGACUGCAGGCAAGAAAUCUGCAGUUUGCACGCUGUUUUUAGAUAUACCCUCAUUGUAAAAAUACAUAAAUGCAUGUUUUCAUUGAGGUUUAUUGACUAAAACAUGAUUUUCAUUUAUUUUGUAUUUGGACUGUGGAGGGUCCGUGUAAAAGUAGUUUAGUGGCCACGGCAAGCUUACAGGGUCCAUGGCGCAUGCAUUAGGACUAGCUUCUUCUUGGCUAGUGGUGAUUGGAAUUUUUUGAGCCCUGCCAUUCUAUAACUUCGUAAGAGACGCUCGCAUUUCAAGUGAAAGCAUUUUUUUGUUAAUAAUCAAGUUGUUUGAGGCUCUGAUGAUUUUUAACCGUCCCAUAUGCGCGCACUGUUUAUUGAAUAUUAAUUCAGGUGUUUUCACAUCUCUAAUUCAGACACCCAGAGAGUUGUGCGCUGGCUGUCUUGAUUUAGUUUUUAACCUCCAGAUUCCAAACUGCGUCCUUUUCUUUUACCCUCUUUUAGAAAGCUGGCCUUGCGCUAUCACCCAGACAAAAACCCAGACAAUCCCGAGGCUGCAGAGAAAUUCAAGGAGAUAAACAGCGCUAAUUCUACUCUGAGUGAUGAGAACAAGCGAAGGAUUUACGAUGAAUAUGGCUCCAUGGGCUUGUAUGUGGCCGAGCAGUUUGGGGAGGAAAGUGUCAAGUACUAUUUCCUGAUGUCAAAGUGCUGGUUCAAGGUACGAGUAGCGAUUUAAAAAAUAAAAUAAAAAAAAAUUGAUAGAUAUAUACACACACACACGAUACUUGAAAAAUUAGAAUAUUGUGCAAAAGUUCAUUUAUUUCAGUAAUGCAACGCAAAAAGGGGAAACUAAUAUAUGCGAUAGACGCAUUACAUGCAAAGCAAGAUAGUUCAAGCCGUGAUUUGUCAUAAGUGCGAUGAUUAUGGCUUACAGCUCAUGAAAACCCCAAAUCCACAAUCUCAGUAAAUUAGAAUAUUGUGAAAAGGUGCAAUAUUCAUACUCACAGUGUCCCACUCUAAUCAGCUAAGUAAGCCAUAACACCUGCAGAGGGUUUCUGAGCCUUUAAAUGGUCUCAAUCUGGUUCAGUAGGAAUCACAAUCAUGGGGAAGACUGCUGACCUGACAGUUGUGCAGAAAACCAUCAUUGACACCCUCCAUAAGGAGGGAAAGCCUCAAAAGGUAAUUGCGAAGGAAGUUGGAUGUUCCCAAAGUGCUGUAUCAAAGCACAUUAAUAGAAAGUUAUGUGGAAGGGAAAAGUGUGGAAGAAAAAGGUGCACAAGCAGCAGGUAUGGCCGCAGCCUGGAGAGGAUUGUCAGGAAAAGGCCAUUCAAAAAUCCUGGACAUGGGCUUCAGAUGUCGUAUUCCUCUUGUCAAGCCACUCGUGAACAACAAAUAACGUCAGAAGCGUCUUACCCGGGCUAAAGAAAAACAGACCUGGUCUGUUGCUCAGUGGUCCAAAGCCCUUUUUUCUGAUGAGAGCAACUUUUGCAUCUCAUUUGGAAACCAAGGACCCAGAGUCUGGAGGAAGAAUGGAGAGGCACACACUGCAAGAUGCUUGAAGUCCAGUGUGAAGUUUCCACAGUCUGUGUUGAUUUGGGGAGCCAUGUCAUCUGCUGGUGUUGGUCCACUGUGCUUCAUUAAGUCCAUGGUCAACGCAGCCAUCUACCAGGAGAUUUUGGAGCACUUUAUGCUUCCUUCUGCAGACAAGCUUUAUGGGGAUGCUGACUUAAUUUUCCAGCAGGACUUGGCACCUGCCCACACUGCAAAAAGCACCAAAGCCUGGUUCAAUGACCGUGGGAUUACUGUGCUUAAUUGGCCAGCAAACUCGCCUGACCUGAACCCCUUAGAGAAUCUAUGGGGCAUUGCCAAGAGAAAGAUGAGACAUGAGACCGAACAAUGCAGAAGAGCUGAAGGCCGUUAUUGAACCAUCCUGGUCUUCCAUAACACCUCAGCAGUGCCACAGGCUGAAAGCGUCCAUGCCACGCCACAUUGAGGCAGUAAUUGCUGCAAAAGCGGCCCAAACAAAGUAGUGAGUCCAUAUGCAGCUUAUACUUUUCAGAGGUCCGAUAUUGUUCUAUGUACACUCCAUGUUUUAUUGAUUGCCUGUAAUAUUCUAACUUACUGAGAUUGUGGAUUUGGGGUUUUCAUGAGCUGUAAGCCAUAAUCAUCGCACUUAUGACAAAUCACAGCUUGAACUAUCUUGCUUUGCAUGUAAUGCAUCUAUCUCAUAUAUUAGUUUCCCCUUUUACGUUGCAUUUCUGAAAUAAAUGAACUUUUGCACGAUAUUCUAAUUUUUCGAGUAUCACCUGUAUAUUUAUAUAUAUUUAUUUUUUAAUUUAAUUAUUUUUAUUUCUUCCAAUGUGAGCUGUAGGUUUGGUGUGCCGGGCGAGCUGUAGGCUUAGUGUGCCAGACCAGCUGUAGGUUAGGUGUGCCACGGUUGGACGAACUGUAGGUUCGAUGUCCUGGAGCCUGGCGAACUGUAGGUUAGGUUUGCCGGCGCCGGGCGAGCUGUAGGUUGGGUGUCCCGGAGCCUGGCGGGCUGUAGGUUGGGUGUCCCAGAGGCUGUAAGUUAGAUGUGGCAGGCGAGCUGUAGGUUAGGUGUGCCGCGGUCAAGCGAGCUGUAGGUUAGGUGUGCCGCAGUCAGACGAGCUGUAGGUUAGGUUGUUAGAGAUGGCUGAGCUGUAGGUUAGGUUCGACAGGCGAGCUGUAGGUUGGUGUAACGGAUCACCUGGAACCCCGACUGGGUGCCUCAGUUGAAGGAUGCUCCUAGUGCUUACAGAGGGCUCCAAGCGCUCCGCAGACACCACAACCGCUGCAGACCCCAUGAACUGCCGCAGCUUAAUUGGGGUCUUGCCGUCUCCUACCCACCCUGGACCUAUGACAAGGCUCCAGACUCCAGUGGGUGAACCUCUCCUCCAAGAGAGUGAAGCAGGAACAAGCUCUUACGAGAGCUUAGAAGUGAUUAUCCAAGGGAGCAUGCAGAGCAUUCAAUCUUCAUAAAAAACACAUAUUAUUAAUUGGCAUACGUGAAAUAUAAACAUUCUCAAAAAUCAUGUAAAUCCUUCCCUUAGUUCACAAGUUAGUCGGAAGUCCUUUGUGACCGACCGCAGGCACAUUUUCCUGCCCAAAACAGUUCCAUAGAUUUGGGAUGUGCGGUCGGUCAAUUUCAAAAAAUGACUAAGUCCCAUUCGAACGGGGCUUAGUCUCUGCAGCUGCAAACGGAGUGUAGGAGAAGGUAAGGGUCAGCGGUGUUCGUUGAAAUGUGUAGCCGAUUUCAGUUCCAUGGAUUUGGCUACACAUACCGCUGACCUCGUUCGAAUGAACAAAGAUGGCUGCCGCCACGUGUUCGUUUGUCGAAUGGCAGCCACUUCGACUGCUUCGGCACUUCGACUGCAUCCCAAGUGCCAGUUUAAAAGUACAAAUCCUUUCUUUGGGCAUUAAAGGGCCAGAAACCGCAAUAUAAGCCUCAAGUAUGCCCACAUCAGUUCCUAGAAGGGCAAUACCUCCCAGGGCCAUAGUCGCAGGGCAGGAGGCUGGCAAACAGGCCCCUCCAAAAACCAGUGGCGAGGUUACUUUCGCCACAGUUGGGUGUCACGUGGGCUGGGCGAGCUGUAGGUUGGGUGUCACGUGGGCUGGGCGAGCUGUAGGUUGGGUGUCACGUGGGCUGGGCGAGCUGUAGGUUGGGUGUCCCGUGGGCCGGGCGAGCUGUAGGUUGGGUGUUUAGAAAUGGCUGAGCUGUUGGCAUGCAGUGAUGAUCUCCGUUGUGUAUUGCAGGCACUGUUGAUUUGCUGCAGUCUCGUGACCUGCUGCUGUUGCUGCUGUUGCUGUGGGUUUUGCUGUGGCCGGUGUAAACCUCCCGAGGAGGACGAUUCCUAUAAGUCUGUGAAUCCUGAAGACCUGGAAGCUCAGAUCAAAGCAGAAAAUGGUAAGUUUUUCAUUCUUUAAACAUUCUGUUAAUUCUGUAACUUGUGGCCAGUGGCCCUGAAAAGGAUUAGCGUGGAUUCUGUAUUUCUCAGACUGUGUCUUUUCCUGGUUAGUAACCACUAACAGGAUUAGGGCUGUUUUACUGACUCUGAUUUGUGUUUUCUCGUGGUUAGCGGCCACUAACAGGGUUAGGGCUGUUUUGCUGCCUUGGGUUUGUAUCCUCUUGUGUUUAGAGGCCACUAACAGGAUUAGGGCUGUUUUACUGACUCUGGUUUGUGUUAUCUCGUGGUUAGCGGCCACUAACAGGAUUAGGGCUGUUUUACUGACUCUGAUUUGUGUCCUCUCGUGGUUAGCAGCCACUAACAGGAUUAGGGCUGUUUUACUGACUCUGGUUUGUGUUAUCUCGUGGUUAGCGGCCACUAACAGGAUUAGGGCUGUUUUACUGACUCUGAUUUGUGUCCUCUCGUGGUUAGCAGCCACUAACAGGAUUAGAUCUAAUUUUUUUGUAUUCUUGGUACUCUUGUUGUCUGUGACUGCUUGCAGGUUUAGAGCUGUUUGUAUCAUGUUUGGCUGUGGCUAUUCCUGCUGCUGUUUUGCCCUGUGUGUAAGCUGUUUGCUGGAGGUUAUAUUUUGUAUUUUCUGUGGAGUUAACUUUUUUUUCCCUUCUUGGCAGAUAAUCCAGUCAAUGUCCAGCCUUCCCCAGGACCCCCGAUUCAUCCUGAGCCCCCACAGCAGAAAUCCUAA